UUUGGCAGCUUUCUGGCUCCAAAUUUUGUUCGUGCUUGGUAUGACGUGGGCUUUGCGGCGCAAUGAUCGAUGCGCCGGCGGCAGCCCGCAUUGAAAGCAUCGAUGCGGACUGCACGACUCUCAUCAUGAGAGGUUUGAAUCGGCAGGUCAGCCGGGACAUGGUCGUUACGUUAUUGGAUGAGAUUCAGCCUGGGCGUUGUGCGCAGUAUGACUACAUCUACGUGCCAUGGACCACAGAUGGCGCCUCCAACAUCGGCCUAGCGUUUGUGAACUUCGAAUCACCAAGUGCCUGCCAGGAAUUUCUGGACGCGCUCGCGGAGCCAGAAAGCCAACGGAAGAUCGCCGAAUAUCACGUGCGGUCGGUUGGCCCUGCCGCCAUUCAGGGCAAAGGCGCAAAUUUGACCGCCAUGCUUGGCAAGAGAGGGCUGGAGGCUCUUCGGGGCUUUGACGCACCGCUGGUCUUCACCAAAGGGCGGCCUGCCUCGUUGCCUCAAGUUGUUCGGGAGGUGGUCCCAGGUGCGCUGGCGAGUGCCCAAGUUGCCAAAGUGGUCCCAGCGUCCAGAAGUAAGUCCCAAAGCGCGGCUGGACCGUCCCAUUACCCGUGGAUGCCUUCGAGUGGAGAGGUGCAGCACGAAGCUCCUCAGUCUCACGCACCGCGGAUUCGGAUCGAGAUACCGUCGACACCCGGCGCUGCCGUUGUGACGAAAAUGAUCUUCGAUCUGUGAGGUGCCACGUGCCAGCGUCGUGAGAGUGAUGCUUGAGUGCUGAAUCUGUUCACGGGAGCUCGGGGCUUGAGGCCUGGAGUCAAUGGCGAG